UGCGGCUGUGUGAACUUCAACCUAUGAUGCAACCAUUCGGCGCCACAUUUAACAUACCCUGGAUGUAUGUUUAUGGCUUUGGUAGGAAAAGUUUUGAAUAAGAGUGUAAUUGGAUAAAUGUUUAGUUAAACCUGCCCUUUACUACGAAGUAAUGUGGGGUAUUGGACAUUUUUAUUGAGAAAUAGUGCGUGGUAAACUGCAGACAAUGAAUAAUUACUUUUUCACGCAACGCAAUGUAGAAAACUUGAAAUAUUUAAACCACGUCAUGCAGAAGUGGGGGCAUUUGUGAAAGUUCACCUACAGCCCCGAUUAUUGAAAAAGAAAUGGGUGUUUAGUUCGCUAUGAUUUGCUACUGUAACUUCUAAGAUAUGCGUUAUCAGACAGUAAAAAGGCAUACUUGCCAGUUCGUAGUAGACUACUAUUUCAGUCCAAUCUAUCUGAGUUUUAAAGUUGACUUGUUUGUUCCCCAGUACUACAAGAAUGAACGGUGGAAAGCAAAAAACUCUUUUUCAGUCUUGGGGUGCGAGCGCUUCAAAUGUGAUGCACAAGAAGACGUCCGGUAGCAAACGGGCUGUAAUAAGGAAACCGAAUAAUACAAAGACAAAAAUAAAGAAGCAUGAAGUGGCUUUAAAGCCUCUGAGCAUUCCAUCAAGCUGGGGGGAAAUAAGUACUAGUAGUGGUGUUCAAUCCGGUUUUGAAGAAGAGGAAGACGAUGAUGUUCUCCUUGUGGCUGUAUAUGAAGCAGAAAACAGUUUGAAUUCAAAUAGUGCUGGAGAGUCUUUGCUAAAUGCAGCAACAUGCCAGCAACCAGGUGCAUCGAAAAACAACCAAGUAGUGUCCAUUGAAAAUCUGCCUGGAUUUGAUAUUUCAGCUGGUGAUGUUUGGAUUUACCCCACAAAUUAUUCACUAAGACAGUACCAGUUUAGUAUUGCACAAGAAUGCCUUUACAAAAAUACUUUGGUCUGUCUUCCUACUGGAUUAGGAAAAACCUUCAUUGCUGCAGUGGUUAUGUAUAACUUUUACAGAUGGUAUCCAUCAGGAAAGAUUGUAUUUAUGGCACCAACUAAACCACUGGUUGCUCAACAAAUUGAGGCUUGCUACAAAGUUAUGGGCAUUCCACAAGAUCACAUGGCAGAAAUGACAGGAAACACCUUGGCUGUAAACCGAAAGGAGAUCUGGGCUUUCAAAAGAGUUUUCUUCUUGACCCCUCAGGUGAUGGUGAAUGACUUAUCCAGAGGAGCUUGUCCUGCUACUGAAGUGGUGUGUGUAGUUAUUGAUGAAGCACACAAAGCACUGGGAAACCAUGCCUAUUGCCAGGUUGUGAAAGAACUGUGUAACUACACUCAACAUUUUCGAGUCUUAGCUUUGAGUGCAACACCAGGAAGUGACACAAAGGCUGUCCAGCAGGUCAUUUCAAACUUGCUAAUUGCACAUAUAGAGCUUAGAUCAGAGGAUUCUUCAGAUAUCCAGCCCUACUCAUACCAGCGACAAGUUGAAAAAUUUGUUGUUCCACUUGGUGAUGAACUCAAAAUAAUUCGUAACCUUUACCUUAAGGUUCUGGAAGCAUUCACCAGUCGUCUGACUCGAAUGAAUGUAAUGCCUCGCAAGGACGUCCCAAAUAUGACCAAGUAUCAACUUAUUCUGGCCCGAGAUCAGUUCAGAAAAAAUCCACCUUCAAAUAUAGUGGGUGCUCAGCAGGGUAUGGUUGAAGGAGAUUUUGCCCUCUGCAUCAGCUUGUAUCAUGGCUAUGAACUUUUGCUACAAAUGGGAGUUCAGUCUUUGUACAUGUUUCUUCAUGGCAUUUUGGAUGGAUCUAAAGGUAUGACUCGAGCAAGAAAUGAGCUGUGCCGCUGUGAGGAUUUCAUGGACUUGUACAAGCAGCUAGAGGCCAUGUUAUCACAUUCCAGUUUAUCUUCGACAAGUGAAAGCAAUCUUUUCAGUACAUUUACAGGUCCCAGUAAGAAGACGUUUGUUUACAGUCAUCCAAAGUUAAAGAAGCUAGAAGAAGUUGUAAUUCAGCAUUUUCAAUCCUGGGCAGGAAAACAAGGCAACACCACAUCUGAGGACUGCAGUACUGUAAGCACGAGAGUGAUGAUUUUCUCUUCUUUUAGAGACAGUGUCCAAGAGAUUGCCAACAUGCUGUCUCAGCACCAGCCUUUGAUCAGGGUCAUGACCUUUGUAGGGCACUCGAGUGGAAAGAGUGUGAAGGGCUAUACUCAGAAGGAACAACUUGAGGUUGUGAAACGUUUUAGGGAAGGUGGCUACAACACUCUAGUUUCUACAUGUGUAGGGGAAGAAGGCUUGGACAUUGGAGAAGUAGAUCUGAUUAUCUGUUUUGAUGCACAGAAAAGCCCCAUUCGACUAGUACAGCGUAUGGGAAGAACUGGACGUAAACGACAGGGCAGGAUUGUUAUUCUUCUUACUGAAGGGAAAGAAGAGCGAACUUAUAACCAAAGUCAGUCUAGCAAAAGGAGUGUUUAUAAAGCGAUCAUGGCAAACAACAGCAAAGGAGUUAACCUCUGCCAGCACAGCCCACGAAUGAUACCCAUUGGAAUCAACCCUGUGGUUCAUAAAAUGUUCAUUUCUUGUGGGACUUACGAAACAAAGGAAGUGUCCAGAAGUUCUUCUAAAAGUCGAAAGUCUUCAAGUUGCAUAUUUGAUUCAGGUGGACAUCCCAAAGGACAAGUUUCAAAAGAGAAUGGAUUUUUAACAUCUGAAGAGUUUGAAGUGUGGACCACCAAGUACUGCCUGAGUGAUGAUGAUGGAGUGGGGGAACCAAGGCUACCAGGAAGUGAUUUUGCCGUCUUUAAAGAUGAACAGAAUCAGCAGCAUGUGGAUCCUGAGGAUAGUAGUGUUUGUGAACUAUCCCUGUCCGAAUGGAAAGUAUGGCAGAAUCGGCCUUUUCCUACUUAUGUAAUUGACCACUCAGACAGAUGUCAGCAUUUUAUCAGCAUUAUGGAAAUGAUAGACUUGUUGAGACAAGAAGAUGAGGAUAACUGCAGCUAUGAUUUGGAGAUGAUGGCUUUCUUGCAGAGAGAAGAUAUUGAAAAUUCAUCUAAUGCUUCAGAGAAUAAAUCUCUGCAUAGUCACAAAUCUGUGCCUUCAAAGCAGCUCAAAAGUUCUGAGUCAAAACAUAUUACAGAACGCAUUACCAAGACAUUCAUUUCCGAGUCCGAUGAAGAAGAUAUUGCUUUGUUUAAACCAGUAAAACCUAAGGGCAAACUGGGAUAUUCCAGAUUAUCUUUGGAAGCACUAGAGAUCAUUGAAGGUCAAGAUGAUCCACACACCUUAAAAUGUAACAAAACUCUUUACACUGUGGUGCCCAGUAAAGAUGCUCCUUUUUCAGAACUCCAUUACAAUAAUGAAGAAACUCAGUAUACAGAAGUAGAUCAACACUCUGAUAAUAAGGAUGUUUAUAAUGCCAGGUCAGUUGAUAAAGAAAUGUUUAUGCCUGACAAUAUGAAAAGUACAACAGGAGGUUUACUUUCAGUGAGGGCAGAAUUAAAUUAUAGUACAACUAAGACUAAAGAAAACACAGUAUUAAAAAAUCAAGAGCAAGAUGCAGGAGAAACCUUACAGCUAAACAGAAGAUCUUCAAGUUAUUUCAUGAAACCAGACUCUGGAUACAAUAGUUUCAAUGAUGAAGCUAAAUUUGAUACCGGUAGCAUAUUUUAUCCACCUGUAAGUAAUGGAAUGCUGCAUUUGUCUACUGUACAGUCUCCUGACUUAAGUACAAACAUUUUUUCACCCAACAUAAAAACAGUUUUGACACAUGUAAAGGAGUUUUUGGCAAAGUCCCCACCUCCAUUUGAAACGCUCACUGUCUUAGAUGAAGCAGAGUUGUGCAUUAAAGAUCAGAGUGAGACAGACUUGUUUUAUAACAAAAUGCCUGCACAGAAUAAACAAAAGUCCACUGAUAGCAUAUUAGAAAAAAAUGUAGAAUCAGUUUCCGUAGCACAGGAACAGAAAUCAUUGAUUGUACAAGUUGAACAGUUACAUGGUUUAGAGAUCCGUGAUGAAAAAAUGGUUUUAAGCCCAAACUGGGAAGAUGUGUUUGAUGGUAGUGAAGAGGAACUAGAAGAAUGUGAGCAGAGACAAGCAGCUUGGAAACAGAAUUUACAAGUCUCUUCUCUGCAUCCACAAACCAUCCCCAAACAAUAUUUUACAAAAGAUGGGCAGUGUGUGAAUCUCCCAUGUGAAAAAGUUGACUCUGAUCAAAGCCUUGACUUGUUUGAAAAUGAAAUCUCUUUUGACUUGGAUCUACCAAACCCUUCUGAAUGUAAAAAUGUUCUUUUGGACUGCCAUGGGCCUGACAUGCAGAAAAGUUCAGAAGAACCUCUGCAGUACUGUGAAAAAUGGUCAUUUUCUGAAAAUAGUGUGGUGGGUGAUAAAAAAUUGGCUGUUUUGGUGUGUAAUGAAAUAAAUGAGAACAGCUAUGUACAAGUGUCUAACAACGACGAAAAAGAAUUACCAAGUCCAAGUAAAACCGAAGAUGAUUAUGAUUAUUCUUGUGAUCUGUUUUCUGUUAACUUUGACCUUGGGUUUUCACUGACUGAUUCUGGUAAUGAACCUUUGGAAUGUGAUGAUUCAAUGCCAGUCGAGGCUGAGCCUGCAUUAGAGAGCUCAGAGAAGCAGCAAAACUGUUUGAAACUCACUGUAAGCAGUUUUUCAACACCAGUGCUAGAAACGAAAAUCAGCACAGGAACUACCACUGGAAACAACACUUCACCAAUAUCUUCUGUGCAUCCAUCUUUUCAGAACUGUUCUUUGUUUGCAACAUUUUCCACACCAUCAUUUUCAACAUCUGCAUAUAAAAGUUUUGCAUUUGAUAAAAAUACUAGUGAAUCAUCUCUGAAGCACAGAAAUGAAAAUACUCCACCAUCAGCAGUAAAUUCUACUGAAUCACAAAUUGUUAGGACCUUAGCAAAAUCAACUGCAUUUCACAGACCCUGUACUAAAGACAGCCUAAGAGAUGAAAAGGUUGAUAAUUCUGAAGUUGCAUCUCGUUGUGGAGUAGAGGUGAGUAGCAGUGACAGUGAAGAAGAAAUUGUAUACAGAAGGGAAAGAAGAAAAGUGAAAACUACACUGGAGUCUCCUGAGGUGGAAAAUUACAAUGAUUUUGAUUCACCAGUUGCUGCUGUCAAAAAACGUAGACAAGCAUUUAAUAUAUCAGAAUCAUCAUCUGAUGAUGAUUUUCAUGAUAAUGUGAAAGAAAUAUCCAGAAAGGACCCAGGAGUAAAUGUUAUAAAGAAAAAAGGGCCUAAAAUAAGGAAAAGUAGUCGUCAUAUGAAGAGAAAGAAAGUGGCACAAGCUUUUUUUGACGAAGAGGCUGACCUUUCUUCAGAAGAUGCAGAUGCUGUAUCGUCAGAUGAAACUGAUGACUCUGAAGAUGAAUGUGACACAUCACUUGUUAAUUUCCUUAAUGAUGACAUACAGCCUUCUCAGGGAUUGAAUGACUCUGAAAUGCACGGAAUUUAUCUAAAAUCAGUACAGAGCCCUGCUGUCCAUGGUAAAUUCAAAAUGGUAUACAAGAAGAAAAAGGACUUGAAUGUCUUCUCUCAGAUUUCUGAGCAAGAUGAAACAUAUAUGGAAGACAGUUUCAUUGUGAGAGGUGGUGACGAUGAAGAUGACUAUGAAGACUGUGAGGAUGAAGAGGAUGCUCUUGUAGAAAGGAUUCAAGAAGAUUCUAGUGAUGAUGAGGUUAUUGACCUUGAGUUGCUAAGUCAUAAGUCUUUUUUAGGCGAACAGAGACAAUACUGUACACGACGCAAGAUGAAACUAAAACUUUUGGAGUCUGAGCAAGGCUUGUCAAAAAAGGCAAAAUGCUCUCGGAUUAUUAUUCCUAAUGAUUCAAGUGAUGAAGACAACAAAGUAGAGAAUCAAGAACACUGUAGUAUUGGAAUGAAACAGAGCACACAGACAUGCAAAAAGCUGCAGUCAAGCAGUCAUCUUAAGAAGCCAGACAUAGUAACCAAUAAAAGUAGAACUAUGAACAUGUCUGUGGAACAAAGGCAUCAGAAUCGACUAAAUCUGAAAGCUUCUGUGUCUGAAAUUUUAGAUUUUCACCAUGAUGGCAGUAGUGGCAUAAAACGUCCUACUUCUCAGAAUGUUAAGUGCAAGCUGAAAAGGCAAACAGAUUAUAUUGAGCCACAACCUGAAAAGCUGUAUAAAAAAUGUAGCUCACAUGAAAAUUUGUUUGCAAAUGCCAGUUCAAGCACCACCUCCAUUCUCACGAGUAAAAUUCCAUCUAAUGAAAGUUCGUGCAUUCAGUCAAAUGGAUCAUUUGGUAUUCAAGGAAAGACAUCUCCACUUUGUGUUCUUGUAGAUAGCCGUGAGAUUUCUUCUGGACCAGAAGUGGCUUCUUGUUUAAGAAUAAAGUAUAGCAUUAAAACAGAGAUCCAAUCACUUUGUGGAUGUGAUUAUAUUGUGAGCAACAGGAUGGCUGUGACAAGAAAACUUGUAUCUGACUUUGCAAGCAGUAUGAAUAAAAAUAAAUUUACAGAACACAUUCAUCAGCUGCAAAACAUGUUUGAAAGGAUAUGUAUUAUUGUGGAGAAGGACAGAGUAAAAGCGGGAGAAACAUCAAGAAUUUUUCAGAGGACAAAGUACUAUGAUAGUAUGCUGUCUGCAUUAAUCAGCGCUGGAAUUAAAAUUCUUUUUAGUACCAGUCAAGAGGAAACUGCUGGACUGCUAGCUGAGCUUGUGAAUUUAGAGAAAAGAAAAAAUGCUGCUAUUGUGGUACCAACAGAGGUCAAAGGUCCAAAACAGCAGGCUCUUCAAUUUUAUCUUAGCAUCCCUAAUGUGAGCUACAUCACUGCACUUAACUUGUGCCACCAAUUUAGCACUGUUGGGCAGAUGAUUAACAGCUCAGUGGAUAAAAUAUCAUCUUGUGCACAAGUAUCUUCUCAUAAGGCAGAAGAAAUUUAUCGUUAUAUUCACUAUGCCUUUGACUCUCAGAUGUUACCAGCAAGGUGCAUCCCUGGAAACAAAAAAUACAUUUUGUAGGUAUGGCUUUUUUUUUAGAAGCAAGAACAAUAACCCAUCUGUUGUUUUGGGGAAAAAGGCAUACCAAGAGAUCAUAACAGCAGAAAGCACAAACAUGCUUCAAACAACUGGACAGCCUGCAACAGUGCACUUUAUUUUCUGUUAUUUGUACAUUGUAAAUAUAUGUAAAUAAACAUUUCCAGAGAAAACUCGGAAUGCAGCAUACUUUGUUUUAAUGACUACAACAUGAAUGAUCAAGUAUUCUCAUUAAAAAUUCAAUUAAAUAUUUUUAUCACA